AAAAUUCAAGUCUAUAAAUCGUAAGUUCCUUGAUGACUUAGAAGCAAUCAAGAAGCAUCCUACGAUUCCCAGAAAAGUGCUUAGCUUAAUUCCUAACCUGAAAAAAAAGGCAAGUCUCUUCAUGCACCCACUAACAGCCAUUUUAAUCAUCAUUCUUCAGUGUAAACGCAAGCAAGACGAGGCAGUUCCUAUCGUGAAUCAUAACACUAACAUCCACGACAAUGAUGCUGUUUUUACUGGUCCUGUAAAAAAUGCAUAUGUUCAUCCUUCGCCACCUACAACUGCUGAAGCACCACCUACAACUGCUGAAGCACCACCUACAACUGCUGAAGCACCACCUACAACUGCUGAAGUACUACCAUACGAUAUUGAUAUCAAUAACUCAAUCUUUUCUACAUUAUUCGAUUCAAUGUUUAAAUUGUAUAAGAACAAAGUGGUAGAUUUAACUAAGCACAGGUUUUCGGAUAGUCCAAGUUUGGUUGCUAAAUUAUACAACCAUUGUAUAAACAUGAUGAAAAACUUCAAGGCACUCAAUACAGAAGAAAGAUCUUACUUGCAUGUCUAUCUUUCUGGAUGCAUAAAUCUAAUUACUACAAGCCAUCGUAAAACCGCAACACAAGUUAUUGGCAACAACGCCCUCACCCAAAUUAUUCAUCAACACCAACCUGAGCAAUAUCUCAACUUUAAUAACGAUGAAUGGAUAAACUUGAAGCUUGAAUUACAGAAAGAAUACACUGAACGGAAGAUAAAUGGCCUACGUUUGUUUAUCUUGAAAAAGAGAGAGUCAGUCUAUCGUUCUCUGCCACAUGUUUCAAGAAGUCAGUCACUGAUAUUGAAAGUCUGCGAUAUUUUCGAAUAUUUGUAAUGAAAUCUUGGGAUUGGAUUUUGAGAUAGAAUUUAACUAGUUUGUUAUAUUUUGUUGAUAAUAUAGUAAAAGCUUUAUUGAUAUAA